CAUCCCCCCCCCCCCCCCCCCGCGUCCUUUCGCUUUCUCUCUAUCUCUCUUUCUUCCACUUCACAGAACCAGAGAGCCCCCUCAACACCCCCACGGCCGAUAUCAAUGUCCAAGCGGAAUAGUCCGGCUGGCACAGACUCGCCCAGCAAGCGUGCUCGUCCACUCUCCAUCCAAAAGUCGCGACUGGUCACCACCCAACAGCCCCAUCCUCGCGUCACGCCCCAGAACGCGACCACCCUCCUCUCACUCUACGUCGGCUCCUUGAGAAAUAACCUCUCCGUCCACAACGCCCGCUACACGUUCGAGGGAUCGGCUCCAAACGGCGUCGAGGGGCACCAAAAGUGCACUGUACUGUUGCCGUUCAACAGCCCGGUCCGCGAGGCGACCUCGGAUGACUUCUUCCCGAACAAGCAGGGUGCCAAGAGAUCGGCCGCCAUCAAUGCCAUCAACGCUCUCAUAGCUGCAGGUGAGAUCAGCCAAGAGCUCAUCCCCACCCCAGCAAACCCGACCAAGAAGGGCCCUCCUGGACAAGCACAAGAGUCAAACGGGCACAAUGCGUCAACACCGAUCGAUAACGGCGGUCCCAAGCCCAUUGUCCCUGCGAAGCCACCGCCAACAUCGGGGGAAGACGAGUACCCGUAUUAUGCUUCCCCAAAGUUUUGGGCGGAAUGCCCGCCCGUGUCUUCUGCCGAGAAGCUUUACACGGCGGUCAUAACGGUGGCUUUCGACGAUCCCCAUGCUACCGAGCUGGCUGGAGAGUGCCGACCGCUCCUGCUGCUCACGUCGCGUCCGCUCCCGGGGCUCGACAUCUCGAACAAGCGUGCUUCGCCCAUCGAGCUCGACAUCACCCAAUUUGGCUUCGCGACCACGGCGAUUCUGAGCGCUGCACAGCCGAUCACUGUCGACGAAGGACAGGUGGACCGUGCCUUUGAGUUUACAAGACGGCUUCUCAGGGCGACCCUCAACAAGGGUCUUGACGGCGAGAUCGAAGAGACGAGGUACCUGGUCGUGCCCCUGCGUCGUGGACUCGAGCCCACCCCCAAUAUCACAGCGGAUGACAUUGCCUGGGAUGAGGUCAACCGUAUCGAGGGCGAGCUCUUCACCCCGAUCGACCUUGACGACCGCACUGCGCUUUUGCAGCAGCUCGAAGAUGCUGUUAUCAGCACCCCGAACAACGAGUUUGGACGCCGAUUCUUUGCGGUUGGCCUCCGAACCGAGCUGAGUCCCCGAUCCAAAGUCCCUGGCAAGGAGACCACCUUCUGGCAAGAGAAGCUCGAGGCCAUCGGCAAAGGAUGGCAGCUGGGAGAAGCGGAGAGUUUAAAGUACCCGAACCAGCCGCUUCUGGAAGGCGAUCACUACAUCGGCCCCAAGAAUGGUGGUUUGAUUGGAAGUGUGUGGCAAGGUCCCAAGUGCCGCGGUCACAUCCUCAUCCCCGAGCUCUACACCCGCCACUUCCUCAACGCCAGCGUCCUCCGCACUGCGUCGAUACUGCCGGCCAUGCUGACCGAGUUGGAGGACGAGCUGUUGGCCGAUGAGAUGAACGAGGAGUUCUUCAAUGGGGCCCUCAAGACGUCACUGGCGCGUGAGGCUACCACUUGCCCCGGUUCACGCCCGUUUGCAGGCCAGGCGGCUCUCAACUAUGAGCGACUCGAGCUUCUCGGCGACACGAUUCUCAAGCUUAUCGUGACCGUCGACACCUAUAUCUCGAGCAGUAGUUGGCACGGCACGGAAGGCGACAUGACCGACCUGAGGCACAGAAUGGUGUCCAACAAGGCGCUCCAGGCGUCUCUGAUAAAGGCUGGCAUUGUGCCAUACAUCCGCAUGACUGUGCGUCGUGGACGCGCCUUCCUUCCUCCUGGAUGGAUCGUGGAGAAUUCAAUCGGUCUGGUGGAGGCUACGCCGACGACUCAGACGCUUGGUGACAAGUCGGUCGCCGACGUUGCAGAGGCGCUCAUUGGCGCCGCAUACCUCUCAAAUGGCCGCAGCAUCCAAGCCGCAAUUGAUGCGAUGCAUGCCCUCUGCGUACCGAUCAAGCUCCGCCAGUGGUCGCAGCUUGCUGAAUUCACCCGCGACAAGACGGCAGUUGGCCGUCCCCUCACCCUGCUUGGCUACAAGUUCAAGCAUCCCGCUGAAGGCCGCAUCAUCAUGGUACGUGGCUGGUUCCGGACGCCGAGCAGAGCUCACACUGCGCAGAGCCACACCAACGACCCGGUUGGCAAGUCGCAGUUUGAACGAUGCGAGUUUCUGGGUGACGGUUUGAUCGACUAUUUGACGGUCGAUGAAAUCUACCACUCUCAUCCGGAUUUAGGCCCGGCACCCAUGACCCACAUGAAGCACUCGCGAGUGUCCAAUGCGGCGUUUGGAGCAUUCCUCGUCUUCUCUGGCCUCUCUGACCAGUUCACCGAGAUGGAUAAGCCGACGAUGCUUCAACUGCAGAAGGUGGAGAGAGAAUUGAAGAAGGCCAAGGAUGCCGCCGACGCGGAGCGUGCGGCUGGCAAGCAGAACCACGAGUUCUGGGCCACCGUGCGGCAGCACAAGUGGGUUGGUGACACUGUCGAAGCCGUGUUCGGCGCCAUUCUGGAAGACAGCGGGUUCGACCUCGAAGUGGCAAGGAAGCUAUACGACGAGUAUCUUCGCCCCUUCGUCGACUUAUACGCCGUACCUCCUAUUGCCCACUCGAACCACCCCAAGAGCGUGCUCCUCGAGCUGCUCGCCAAGGAAGGGUGCCAAGGCUACACUAUUGAUCGCUUGGGUGAAGUGCCCGGCAAGUCGCAGGUGUAUGCGGCCAGUGUGUCGAUUCAUGGUACCGUCAUGGCCAGAGCCGAGGGGCCGAGCCCCGACGUCGCGAUCCGCAUCGCGUGCGACCGCGCUUUCAAGCCUGUCAAGGCCCGUCUUGAUAAGCUGUGCACCUGCGGGAAGACCUAACAGAUGUAUAAUAGAACCCCUUGUAAGCAUUUAGUAGUAUCAGGACUGUCUUUUGUGAC